AUGACUGACGAAGUCGUGUACCCACUUGACUCAACCACACUAAAUCGCCAUUUCAUCCAAUUGAUCUCCUGUGGGGAUGACUACCAAUUCCAAGAAUUGAUCAAAACAUUUAUUCCGGUGCUUAUCCGUAGCAUUGAAAUACGAACGGAUGAUUUUAGAAAAAAAGCACUCGAAAUAUUCAUUCAUGUGAACAAACGAGUCAAAUCUCGUCCAGAAAUUCAAAUCCCGGUGAGAAGUCUUCUUGAAAUUUUUACCACCUCAACACACUGCUCACCGUUUUCUUCAAAUUUUUCGAUAAUGUACAUUAAAAUGGGUUUUAUGCGCUUAAAAUCUAAUAUUCAAGUGGAACUUAUUCCACUUCUGUUUCAAUCUUUACCAAAUCGAACAACUCCACAUCAAGAACUUCUCAUGGGUCUUAUUGUUUACGCUUUACAACACGUUCGAAUUAUUCCAAAUAUGCAGGAGAAUAUUGUUAAAUACGGUCUCGUUGAUCAACCGACAAUUCGACAUUUAUUUCUUAAUUUUCUUCUAAACGUGCUUCUUCUAUCUUACAAGUUUGAUGAAACUAAAUCUCGCACUAUUCCUUCAACACAGCAAUCCUAUGUGGAACCAUCUCAAGCGCCCGUUGACGAAAUUCUUUUCUCUACCAUGGAAGAUGCGCCAAGCAAAGAAACCGAAGCAUUCAAACAGCCAUUUCCAUGUCUGAACGAAUCAUUGUACAAUCGAAUCAUCGAAGCCAUACAAACAGAUGAUUUAGAUGAAGUCGAAAAGCUUAAAGUUGGCAUUUUAAAAUUUCUCAAUGGAAAUAUCUAUUCAGAGAAUGAAAUUAUCUUUCAUUUCGUUCUAUCGACAGCUGAUGCAAGAUACUCUGUCGUUCUCGCAGCUGAACAUGAUAUUAAACGAUUAACCGUAGCUGUUGAUUGGAAUCUGAUGACGCAUGUUCGAAGUUUAUUCGAAUUCUUCUUAGGAACAUCGAAAACAGUGAAACAACAAGGAGAACAUAAUGAAGAAUUGAUUCGUAAUCCAUCAAACACACGAAUUCGAUUAAAACUUUAUCCGUAUCUGUUGAAAUCACGCACAGCUAGCACGAUUUUUCCACACUCAAUUCAAAUUCUGUAUGAGAGCCUUUUCGGCAAUUCAACAAAUGCUCGUAUCAAAUACUUUUCUUUACAAUUUGCCCAGAAUAUUAUUCAAAAUGCAGAAUCCGAUCAACUAACUGCUGUAUCAAAAUUGUUGCUACAUGCUUUGGAAAAAGUUCUCAACACCGAAACACAUAAAACACACGACGCAUCCCGUUUAAGAAGUUUAACUUAUGUUUUAAUUGGUAAAUUGUCAUAUCGAGUGCCCAAAUUAUUCGCCGAGGAUAUUCGAUUAACUCAACAAUUUUUUGAAGCGUUGAAAACCGAAGACAAUGAGUGCUGUUUGAAUAUUCAAGAAGCUUUAACUUUACUGGCUUACUCUCAAAAAGAUGCUAGCAUAGCUAGUAAACACAUGCUUCAACAAUUAUUGACUCAACAAGUCAUUCCGAAUCCGUCGUCCGAUGCAAUACCCGUUGAUUAUCCCAACUGUCGCCAAGCUGCUGUCUCAUACGUAAUGAACGUGUUCCCAUCGAAUGAUUGUACAUCACGUUUCAUUCUCCUAACAGCGUGUUCAGAUCGAAAUGAAGACAUACGCUCGCUAGCGAACCGAAAUCUAUUCGUAGAUCAAGACGAGAAUUAUCCCGAGUUUCAAUCAUUGUUAAAACUAAUUCUUUCCAACGCACACGGAGAUUAUCCAAUGGGUAAACAAUCAUUAGUUUAUCAUCCUCAGACAUAUCAAGAAAUGAUCUAUUACCUACAUCGCUGUUUAAUUCGACAGAGUUUUAAUGGCGAAAAGAACACACCUUUAUGGAAGUAUGAAGAGCAACUUGUACAGAUUGUACAAGUGGCCCAACAAAAUCCAAAGAUUUGGUAUAAUUACAUUCAAUUUCUGCUUGAUUUCGUUCUUGUUGUGCAUAAUUGUUUAUCGACAUAUUUCUUACUGGAAGCGAUUCUUAUUGGUCACCAUUUGAACGAUUCGGACAUUCAAAUAUUGAUACGCGAUAAUCUUAGUUCGUUCCGACAAUUAUCUCUUUUCUCCACCCGUGAUGACACACGACGUUACGCUUCGAUACUUUACGCCUAUGUUCUCUCGAAGAAACCAGACAAUCUUCCAGCCAUUGAUGAAUUGAUCAAAAUCAUUCCGAAUGCUAAUCAGCGUUUCGAACAACGUGAAGCAAGUAUUCUUGUUCUCGGUUAUGUGUGUUCAUACCUUCGUGACUCGAAUGAAUACAUCAACCAUGGAAAAGACAUCUUAUUACGAAUGUUCUUCGAGAACUUCAAUGAGUAUAGUUUAGCUUUGUUAACCUCCAUUGGUCAGCUAGCACGAAUGAAGUGUUUUACUUCUCGUGAUGAAAGUCAACUGAAACUGUUCAUUGAGAAAGUCAAAACCAAGAUUCGGACGAUCAAUGAAACGAAUCGUUUGAAAGAAAAGGCUAUUCAAACGUUGGGAUUUCUCGCUGUUUGUUAUCGUGAACAGAGUGAAAGUAUCAUUGAGAUCUUAACUCAAUCGCUUGUUGAUACCAAACAAAUCGAACUUCAGUUAAACAUAGGUGAUGCUCUUAUUUGCUGCCUUCUCAGUGUUGAUACACCAUUGGUUGAUGAUCCCUAUCUUAUACUUGACUGCAAACCACAAUCUUCUUCUUAUCAGCUAACUCCCAAUGAACACGAACUACGUCAUCAGUUGAUUAAAUACCUUCUUGAACGUAUUCUUCAUUAUUCCUCGGAUGUCGACAAUCCUCAUAGUCGACAAGCGGCACUUAUUUGGUUAUUAACAUUUCUCAUCCAUUGCCGUCGUCCUUAUUUACAACAGACGUAUCGAACUUUAUUCGAAUCCAAAUUAUUUCAUUUACAGACAAAUCUUAUCUAUGGAUUAUUGGAUCAGGAUGAACUAAAUCAAGAAUUAGGGUGUAAAUGUUUGAUUUACAUGUACGAAAUUCUCGAAGAUGAAGAUAUAAAAUUGAAAUUCAAUGCGAAAUUAUUCGAACAUUUCACCGACAGUACACGUUCAUUUGCCAGUCAACAGACAACAAUCGCGUACGAACAUAAUGUACAACAAACAACGAUUGACAAUGCUCAAAUUGCUCUCUACAAAGAGCUGUGCUCAUUAGUGGACUUAUUAAACAUUGGAAAGAAUGAGAAAUCUCAGUUAUUUUAUUCGUUUCUCUAUUUGGCACACGAGAAUUCGAUUUGGUCAACAACACGCUACGGCCAAUUGUUUCAUUUAGAUAAUUAUGAAAAGAAAUCGAUUGAAUUCAUCUUAAUUUACAUAGAGCAAUUGAUUUCACGAUUGUAUCGUCUGCUUUACGAUCCACAAGUUCGCAUUCAGCAAUGUAUCGAACGAAUAUGGAAGAAAUUAUUCGCUUCGACCAAGCAAAUUUUAAUUGUUGAAAAGUAUUUCUCAUUAAUUUUUCAUGAACUGUACACUGAUAUGUUAUCAUCACGAUGGCGAAUACGAGAAAGCAUUCAACUGGCUUUCCUGGACAUAUUUCGCAUGUUGAACAGAAAAUUAAUUGAUAAUCAGCAAUAUAUCGAAUUGUUUCAAGAACUAUUUCGAAGAUUAUUAGCUGUUUGUGAUGAUACGAAAGAAUCCGUGAGAAAAGCAGCGUUAACAUCAAUCAAUUCUUUUAAACAGAAUUGUUUAUUGUUAGCUUGUGAUCCCGCGACAACAAUAUCGAAUUCAAUGAACGAAUCAGAACACAAAGCUCGUGGCAGAUAUGUACUUGAACAAGUUCUACCAGUACUCCUCAACGAUGGACUCUACAACAAGAACGAAGACAUUGCCAAAUUCUCAUUAAAUACAAUUAUUGAGAUCAUUCGCUAUGGUAACCGUGAGACGUUGAAGCCAUACUGUACCGUGAUAAUCAUUGCCCUGUUCGAAGCAUUAUCAUCGAUUGAGCCGGAUAUAUUCAACUAUGCAUCAAUGAAACUGUCUGCUGCUGAAAUGAAAGAACAAAUCGACGUUGCACGUUUGCUGUGCGCACGUUCAUCGCCACUUAUGGAUGCGAUCAAUACGUGUACGAAUCAAUACGUUGACGAAGACAUUCUCGAUGAACUUUCUGCAAAACUAAUCGAAGCUAUCAAACACUCGAUUGGACUGACAACUAAAUGUCUUAUUGGACAAUAUUUCAUUACACUGGCAAAUAUCUAUCCGACAAACUGCUCGAAAUAUGUUGGAAAAUGGAUGGCUGUGUUAGUAAACACUAUGAGCGCGAAUUCGAACCGUACAUUGAGAAAAACAUACACCAGUGUAUUGGGAACUAUUGUUCGAAUCGCGAAACAUUCGUCAAUUGAAAAUCUUCUCCAGAAAAUUUCCACGUGGUAUUAUCAAGCCGAUGGUGAUUAUCAAUAUGUUUGCGCAUUGACAUUGAAUUCGAUAUCCCAAUCGAAUCACGAUUUGCUGAUGGAAUAUGGACAGCAGAUUUUGCCACUGAUUUAUUUAGCUAUGCAAGAGAAAAGUUUCGUGAAUAAAGUCGAAGAUGAACAACAAGAAGAAUCAAUUUGGAAAAGUUUAUGGAUCGAACAUACGGGAAGUUCAAUAACAGGCAUACAAAUGUAUAUGAAAGGAAUUAUUGAAAAUAUUCGAUUAGCAAUCGAACAUAGUUCAUACGGAAUGAAAAUUAAAGGUGCACGAGCAAUACAAAUGAUUGGAGAAACAUUGAAGAACAAUUUAGAUCAAGAGAGUCUAAAUAUUCUAGUAGAAUAUCUUUUGAAAGGACUCUACGGACGUGUUUAUGAAGGAAAAGAAUGUUUUCUACGUGCGAUCGAAACCAUUUGUACACAUUGCAAGGAUGGAUUCAAAACUUUACCUGACCUUAUUCGACGUAUUUAUGAACAAAUUCUUAAGGAAUGCAAAAAAGAAUCAUUGACAUAUCGAUCGGUCGCCAUACGGGUUUUGUCGUUACUUGCUGAUCAGUAUCAUUUUCAAGCUUACGAACUCUUCUGGACUUGGUUUGAAAAGGCGCUGAAACAGCCGGAUCCAAAUGAAGAAAUGGAAGAUAAUGAUGAGGAUGAGGAUCCUGGUCUCUCAGAUGCAUAUAAACGAACAUUGAUCGAGUGUUUACCACGUUUUUGGCCUAAAACACAUGAAAUUGAAAUUCAAUACAAAAAAGCGACAUUCGAUCUUCUCGUUGAAAUCAUUUUCCAUUCAAAUUGGCAACUUCAACUAAUUGUUACUCAAACUGUCAAUCAAAUUCUACAAAACAGUUCCACGUUAAAUUCUUCGGAUAUCGUAUCAAUCAUCGAACCAAUCGUCAACCUUGGUCCGCGUACAAAGUCCAGUGGAUUGAAACGUGAAAUUCUAAGAUUUCUUCAGAUUUUAUUCGGCAAUUCUCGGUAUUCGACAUGUAUAACUGAACAUGAAAAUCUACAAAAAGUUCUUCAAUUUAAUAUUGAUGAAAUGAUUCACGAUAAUCGUUCGUCGGAAAUCAGUGAACAGGCGAAAGAAAUUAAAAAAUCGAAUGAACAUUUCUUUUUAAAACCGAUUAAACAAGAUGAAGACAUUCCCCCGCCCUCUACCGAACACACUGAUUUGUUUUAA